ACACACACACACUCAUAUGUCUGACAUGCCGGCUCAUCCAGUGGAGUCUCGGAGGUGGCUUUCAUUUAAAAAGGUAGAAAGAGAGUGACACAGAGCAGGUCACACGGUGUGAGGCUGCUGUUGUCAUUUUCUGCUACACAGCGCGAGAACUGGUUGGAAGCACAGUGAAGGGACUGAUCUCAACACGGAGCCCAGGCUUAUGCUGUAGGUUUUCUUUGGCACACAAUGUGUCACCUCGUGAACAUCCUGCUGGCCCUGCUGAGUCGCUUCCUGUUUGCGGUCCACGGCGUGGUCACAGUAUGGCGUGUGGUGGUCGUUAAAGGGGAGCCUCUCUAUUGGCUGCUGCUGACGGGCGUGGCUCUGCUGGGCGUGGAAAUGGCCGUCACUCUGAAGUGCACCCGAAACGCAGAGUGGAAAUGGUUCUCCCCCAUGGUGUUCCUCUACCUCAGCACUGUCAUUCCCUCCAUUUGGUUUCUGGAGCUGAGCCUGCUGCAGUCCAAGCUGCCCGUCAACAGCUCCUCAGGCCCCGAGCUUCAUUUGCUGGCUCAGAUCCCGAUCACAGCGGCCAUUGUGAAUCUGGAGCCGGAGAACUGGGUGAUUGGACUGGAGCAAACCAUGCUCAUAGUGUUAGUCCUCGGUCGCUGGCUGAUGCCCAAGGGAGACAUGUCCCGUGACCAGCUGUCCCAGCUCCUCAUGGUCUACGUUGGACUGGGGGCAGACAUCCUGGACAUCUUUGACACCUUCAAGGAACCUGAAGUCAAAACCAACCGGGCCAUUGUUAUUAUUGGCCUGGCCCUUUUCUCCUGGGCGCUCAUGCAGUUUCCUCUAGUGCUCACUCAGAAACGAUACCCAAAGGGUGAGUCUCCUCAUGGGAGCAUGAGGAGACGCAAAGGUCUUUUCUGCUGCCUCGGUUCUCCACCCUCGUCUGCCUCCUGCUGCUCCAGUGAAGUGUGGAGCCUGCUGCUCACAGUGGGGCUCCAAGACGGCCCAUUCCUGCUUUACCGACUCUACCUCAUGGUCCAAGAGCAGGUGCUCAACCAGCUUAUGAUCUUCUUCACCUGCAAGAACAUCCUCAUUGUCCUGCUGGAGCUUUACCGAAUCUUUGUGGUUCAAUGUGAACAGAACAUAGGGAAAUUGGAUUUGAAGAAGUGUGAUGCCCUCGUGCCCUGCUGUCAAACUCGGACGGGUGGGGAGGAGAUUGAGGAGGAGGAGGAACAGGGAGACGCAGGGAGAGAGGAGAGGGAUGAGAGCUGUCACACAGACACAGAGGGGGGGACUAAGAGGGAAGAAGAUCAGAAAGUUACCCAGGUAUAGUAAUGCUCAAAAUGCCGUAAGGCAUGGCUUUGGCCCUCAGUGGGAUUGGGGUGGUGGUAGCAGAGGGAUUGUGGCUUUUACACAGCAAGAAAAAAGUCAAACCCAUCUGGCAUCUUUUGCAUCUAAGCCUCAUUCAGAGAGACAGCCUCGGCUCUCUGGAGGGGCAGUGACUAGAAACAGACUUCAGGAGAAGAGAAUAAGUUCCCACUGAAAUGAUCAGAGAUUCAUUUAUGCAAUUCCCUUUUGAU